AUGAUCCCCUCCCUUGCCGUCCCACUGCUAUGGUCGACAUUGGCACUCGCCAUCCCGACCGGUCCUCAACCACAGCAACACGCCGAGCUACCAGACCUCGAACGCCGCAGCACCAGCACCCUCACGGUCUCCGCCCGAUCGAACCCGGACUUCAUACUCGACGGCCCGGCCGCCCUCGCAGCCGCCUACGAGCGGUGGGACAUGCCCGUUCCGGAGUCCCUCGCCAACCACAACAUGUUGAUUCGGCGCGAGGGAUACGAAUCCGCCGUCGUUGCCGCAAAAAGUAGCAAUGACUUUUACUGGCUGACAGACGUCUUCGUCGGGUCGGCGAUGCAGAAGAUGCCCGUCAUCAUCGACACAGCAUCUUCCGACUUCUGGCUGAUGACCUCCGACACCGAAUUCGGCGACGAAGCCGUGAAUGGCAAGCCCGCGCUCUACGACCCCGCAAAGUCGGUGUCGAGUCAAGAGGUCCCUGGCGCAUCUUGGGAGUCAUCGUACAUCGACAAGUCCACCAGCUCGGGCAAGGUGUACUUCGACACCGUCGGCUUCGGCCUGGUGACGGACAACAACCACUUCACCAUCGCCAACACAACAAUCCAAUCCGCCGUCAACGUCGCCCCGCGGUGGGCCGCCGAACCCAAGAUCAGCGGUGUCAUGGGUCUCGCCAAGAGUAAGCCCUCGUCCGUCAAGCCCAGCAUGCCGUCCAUGCUCGAUCGUCUCAAGCCGGCGCUGCACUACGAAUGGAUCGGUAUCGACAUCCGAGCCAAUUCGAACAAGGGCUUCUUCUCCUUUGGAUAUGCCUUGGGCACAGUGGAGACCAACGAGCCGCCCGUGGACGACGACGAGCACUGGAGCUUCGAACUCAAGGGAACGCGGACGAGCACCAUGGACAGCAAGCAGUGGAACGUGUUCAAGAAGCGUACCAUUGCUACCAUCGAUACUGGAAGUAGUUUUGUGCUUCUUCCUGGCGACAUGGUUGCCAGUUACUACGCCGGCAUCCCCGACUCGGCUCACGACCCAAAGCUGAAAGCCUGGGUGUUCCCCUGCGCCUCGGCCGCAAGCAUUCCUGACAUGCUCUUCCUUACGGCAGGUGACUACGUGGGCACAAUUCUCAAGGAGUCUAUCAAUCUUGGCCCUGCGCCCGGGAGCUCCGACAUGUGCUUUGGUGGGAUCCAGAAGAGUGAAACUGAUCGUUCCAUCUUUGGAGGCGUAGCGCUCAAGAGCAUGUUCAUCCAACUGAAUUAUGGAGCUUCAGGAACCUUUGUUAGCUUUGGACAAAAGAGUUCGUAUGAUGUUUGCGCGACCACGACAGCCUGUCAAUCAUAG